AUGACUAAUGGUUUCGAUUAUCCCAACUGGAACACUCUCCAGAGAUUUCGUCACUUCGAGUGUGAAGGUAAGUAUCCUAAGUAUCCUUAUGGUUCCUUGGUCAAGUUUUAUGCAAUGGUGGGGCUUCAUCGUUACAAUUUGUUGGAGGGGAAAAACUUGCAGCUCGAUACCCUAAAGAGUUUCAACAUGAGAAUUAAUUGCGGUGCUUCCUCUUACUACAUAACUUUGGCUGCACGCGUUCCAGAUAGCGGUUUGCAGCAAAUCUUUCAGGUUCUAGUUCACGAAGAGCGUCUUGGCAGUUUAGACGUGACGUGCACCGUUGCGAGACCUCGAGUGACCACCAGCGAGCCUUUCCUAGGUCGGCAUAGCGAAUUAGCCUAUGAUUAUAUGGACAAUGAUGAAUUGCCUAAUUGGCCUUCAGAGAUUGCUUUCAAUGAUAGAAAACGGUUUCACCUGGUGAAGGAAUCAGAGUUACGAGACAAUGAUUGGAUUCGUCUAUAUUUGGAACUUACACUUGUUGCUCACGAUAGGUCUCUUACAGUUCACUAUCUGUCCAAGUUGGAGAUUGUGCAAGUGGUGAUUGAAGAUGUGGAGCCGCCGAAUGCGAGUCUCAACACCAAAACUACAUUUGUCUACAUAACUUAUAAGGACUUGGCAAAGGCUCGGAUUGGUGAGCCGGUUGAUCGCAAAGCUAUUGUUAGAAGAAUCAUCAAUAUGAGUACGGGAAUCUUGAGACUCCGGGGUGAUUAUUGGAGUGGAGAAAAAGCUAUGAAUACUGAGGAGGAGGAAUCUAUGCAUCUCCCUGGUGGAGGAAAAGCUCUGAAUAAUGAGCAGCGUUCUAAAAUGCUUAAGCGUCGUUUAGGUGUUCAUAGACUUUGGCGAUUGUCUAAUCCUAGGUGGUACCAGGUAUACAAAUCCCGUGGCCUCCGUUCGUCGCCUGCGUAAUGACUAGCCAUUUAUUGAGAUCGGCUGAUUAAGUAAUGAUGUGGAUCAGCUGCUAAACUAUGAUUAAUGGUCGACUAAGUUAUU